CACACGUGGGAGACAGAAGUCCAUCCAUCCUGUCCCGUGUCUAACUCAAACCACGCUCACUUCAUUGAGGGACAAGCUGAGGUUUCCCGGGACAGGCUAGCCGUAAGAAACACAGGAGAAGUACUGAAAUUGCUGCAUAAAUGGCUGUGGUGCGGUUCUACAGUAAUGAGUCUGUCCGAGCACGGGCUUUACAGAGGGCGGUCAAGCUCUACCCUCAACUAUCAAUCACCACUGAACUUUGCUACAAUGUGGAAGUCUCAGGUUGUGAGAAUCUAAAAGAUGAUCAGCGUCAGAUUCUCUUGUGGUUAUUUCGUCCUCCCCAGCAGUCCCAGCCCCUGUCUGAUAAACCCAGUCUGAUAGCGGGCAGCGGGGCUACACUGGUGGAGAUAGGACCAAGGCUGAACUUCUCUACAGCCUGGUCCACCAAUGCCGUUUCCAUCUGCCAAAGUGUUGGUCUCACAAACGUCACACGCAUUGAACUGUCCCGAAGGUUCCUCAUCAAGCCUUUGAAUCCCGAGGAAGGGAACUGUGAAGAAAACAUAAAGAAGCUGAUUGAGUCAUUGUAUGACAGUAUGACUGAAUGCAUCUAUACAAAUCCAAUCACAUCAUUUGCUGUGGAGACCAAACCACAGCCUGUUUUUGAGGUGGACAUUUUGGGAGAAGGUCAGGCAGCACUGGAAAAAGCAAAUAAUGAUUUGGGUCUGGCCUUUGACUCCUGGGAUCUGGACUAUUACACAUCAAUGUUUCAGAGAGUUAAAAGGAAUCCAACCAGUGUGGAGUGCUUUGACCUGGCUCAGUCAAACAGUGAGCACAGCCGGCACUGGUUCUUCCGUGGCCGGAUGCUGAUCGAUGGACAGGAGCAGACGGAGACUCUCUUCAGCCUCAUCAUGGACACACAGAGCCACACCAACCCAAACAACAUCAUCAAGUUUUGUGACAACAGCAGUGGUAUCAAGGGGGUGGAGCUGGACUGUCUGUAUCCUAAAGAUCCAUCCCAGGCCAGUCUGUACGAGACGCGACAAUCACUCCGACAUGUCAUCUUUACUGCAGAAACACACAACUUUCCAACAGGUGUUGCCCCCUUCAGUGGAGCCACUACAGGAACAGGGGGGCGUAUCAGGGACGUCCAGAGCGCGGGGCGAGGGGGGCAUGUCAUUGCUGGGACUGCUGGAUACUGCUUUGGAAACCUGCACAUACCAGGCUAUACAUUGCCCUGGGAGUGUACAGGGAUGGGCUGGGAUUAUCCUUCCAGCUUUGCCUCUCCACUGCAGGUGGCAAUAGAGGCCAGUGAUGGAGCCUCUGAUUAUGGCAACAAGUUUGGAGAGCCUGUUCUUUCAGGUUUCGCCCGUUCUUUUGGGAUGCGCCUGACAAAUGGUGAGCGCCGAGAGUGGAUCAAACCUAUUAUGUUCAGCGGAGGGAUCGGGUCCAUUGAGGAUGCCCAUAUAAAGAAGCAGGAAGCAGAGACGGGGAUGGAGGUGGUGAAGAUUGGAGGCCCUGUUUACAGGAUUGGUGUGGGAGGUGGAGCUGCUUCAUCUGUGCAAGUUCAGGGGGAUAACUCCAGUGACCGGGACCUAGGAGCGGUGCAGAGAGGAGACGCUGAGAUGGAGCAGAAAAUGAACCGAGCUCUCAGGGCCUGUUUGGAGAGGAGUGAAGGAAACCCUAUCUGCAGCAUUCACGACCAGGGCGCCGGAGGAAACGGUAAUGUGCUGAAGGAGCUUAGUGAACCUGCUGGAGCUGUGAUUUACUGCAGUAAGUUCAAGAAAGGUGACCCAACGUUGAGCGUGUUGGAACUAUGGGGGGCAGAGUACCAGGAGAGCAACGCUUUACUGCUUCGUCCGUCAGACAAAGACUUCCUGGAGAGGGUCUGUGUGAGGGAGAAGUGUCCAGUCGACUUUGUGGGAAACAUCACAGGAGACGGCAAGAUUACAUUGGUCGAUGAUGAAGAACAGGUCAAUGGAGGUCGCUGUCCUGUUGACCUGCAGCUCGAGUGGGUGUUGGGGAAGAUGCCGCAGAAGGAUUUUAAGAUGGAGCGUGUGAGCCCAAAACACAAAGCCCUGGUUCUGCCACCGGAGCUCACAGUGAGAGAGGCUCUGGACAGGGUGUUGCGUUUGCCCGCCGUGGCAUCUAAACGGUACCUCACCAACAAGGUGGACCGAUCUGUCACUGGGCUGGUGGCGCAGCAGCAGUGUGUGGGUCCUUUGCACACCCCGCUGGCUGAUGUCGCUGUAAUCGCGCUGUCUCCGUUUGGCCUGGAGGGGGCAGCGACAGCCAUUGGAGAGCAGCCAAUCAAAGGUCUGGUCAACUCUGCAGCUGGGGCCCGCAUGGCUGUGGGAGAGGCCCUCACUAAUCUGGUGUUUGCCAAAGUUACUGCUCUAAAGGAUGUGAAGUGCAGUGGGAAUUGGAUGUGGGCUGCCAAGUUGCCUGGUGAGGGUGCGUGCCUGUGGGACGCCUGCAGAGCCAUGUGUGAAGUGAUGGGGCAGUUGGGUGUGGCCAUCGAUGGGGGCAAGGACUCUCUGAGUAUGGCUGCCAGAGUAGGAGAGGAGACCGUGAAGGCACCAGGGGCUUUGGUUAUUUCGGCUUAUGCUGUUUGUCCUGAUAUCACUGCUACUGUCACGCCUGAUCUAGAGGACCCAGAUGGCAAAGGCAUGUUGUUGUGGGUUCCUCUGAGUCCAAACCACCACCGUUUGGGAGGCUCAGCUCUGGCUCAGUGCUACAGUCAGCUCGGGGACUGCUCUCCUGACCUGGACCACCCACAUCUCCUCUCAGCCUGCUUCAACACCACACAGACACUCAUCACAGAUCGUCUGCUGAGUGCUGGUCAUGACGUUAGUGAUGGAGGCCUGAUUUCUUGUAUUCUGGAGAUGGCCUUUGCAGGAAACAGAGGAGUUGAAGUGGAGUUGUCCUCACAUGGUGCUGGAGUGAUGGAGCUGUUAUUCAGUGAGGAGCUCGGCCUAGUCCUGGAAGUUUCUCAAAAUGACGUUGAAAAUGUUUGCCAGAGAUAUACCAGCGCAGGUGUGCAGUGCCAUCAGAUUGGGAAAACAUCUGGUUUUGGACCUGAUUCAAAGGUCCGCGUGUGUGUGGAUGGACGAGAGGUGCUGAACGCAUGUCUCCCUAAACUGCGAGGGGUUUGGGAGGACACCAGUUUCCAGCUCGAGUGUCUCCAGGCGAAUGAGCUGUGUGUUAAACAAGAAGAGAAGGGGCUCUCCAGGAGGACACAGCCAUACUUUAAGCUGAGCUUUGACCCCGCUGAAAUGCCCAUCAUUGAGCAGCUUUGUGAGGGAUUGCCUCGUGUUGCAGUAGUGCGAGAGGAGGGCAGCAACGGAGAUAGAGAGAUGUCUGUUUCUCUGUUCAUGGCAGGAUUUGAAGUUUGGGAUGUUACAAUGCAGGACCUCUGUUCUGGCUCUUUAACCCUUGACCCUUUCAAAGCAGUUGUGUUUGUUGGAGGCUUCAGCUAUGCUGAUGUCCUGGGAUCAGCUAAAGGUUGGGCUGCCACAGUUGCAUACAACCCAAAAGCCAAGGCUGAGUUUGAUCGUUUCCGGCAGCGAAGCGACACCCUGAGUUUGGGCGUCUGUAAUGGCUGCCAGCUCCUCGCCUUGCUCGGCUGGGUUGGAGAGACAGAAAAUGGCAAAGACUCUGAUGUGGUGCUGACCCAUAAUAAGUCUGGCAGGUUUGAAUCACGUUUUAUCAGUGUUGGGAUCGAGAAGUCCCAGUCCGUGUGGCUCCAGGGCAUGGAGGGGUCCUCGCUGGGGGUGUGGGUUGCACAUGGAGAGGGUCUGAUGCAGUUUUCCAGUCCACAAGCACUAGAGCGGAUAGUGUCUGCGGGUCUGGCCCCUGUUCGUUAUCUAGACGAUGCAGGACAUCCCACACAGGAAUACCCUCUGAACCCUAACGGCUCUCCACUGGGCAUUGCUGGUCUGUGCUCCUCAGAUGGCAGACACCUCGCCAUAAUGCCACACCCUGAGAGGUGCACCCUGGGGUGGCAGUGGCCCUGGGCCCCGAGGGACUUCCGGACCUCCCUUAAACCAUCUCCAUGGUUACGAAUGUUCAACAACGCAGCAGCUUGGUGCAGCAACACACAGUCGUGUUAAUUGUACCUUUACCCUAAAAUAAUUCUAUUGAAAUGACUUUGUACUUGAGCUUUUCUACCAUCAUUUUGACACUAACCGAAAAAUUGGUUACCUACUGAAUAAUAAAACUGUACUUAACAAAAACUUAAU